AUGCGGCUACUUGUCUCUUCAGAAUGUUUAGCAGUCAGCAGACGCCGAAGAAAUCCGAGCAAAUCCGAGGAUACCACGGGACCCAGUAAGGAGGACCAAGUUGUGACCGGGACGUCCGGGAACAGCACCGGUUCAGCAAGGAAGAAGAGGAAGAAGGAAAAAGGUUUAGCAGCCAGCAGACUCCACACAAAUCCGAGCAGAGAGGAUACCACGGGACCCAGUAAGGAGGACCAAGUUGUGGCCGGGACGUCCGGGAACAGCACCGGUUCAGCAAGGAAGAAGAGGAAGAAGGAAAAAGGUUUAACACUUGAUUCAAGAAGACGACGUGCGAAUAACGAAGACCAAGUUGUUGCUGGAGCAUCCGGGAACAGCAACAAUACUGCAAGAGACAAGAGUGCGAAAGGCAAAGAGGCACAGGGCAACCAACAACAUCCAAUGACCAGUAAUACUGCCACCUCGCCGUCGAUAUCUUCAACGCUGGGUUUAGCAGCCAGCAGACUCCACACAAAUCCGAGCAGAGAGGAUACCACGGGACCCAGUAAGGAGGACCAAGUUGUGGCCGGGACGUCCGGGAACAGCACCGGUUCAGCAAGGAAGAAGAGGAAGAAGGAAAAAGGUUUAACACUUGAUUCAAGAAGACGACGUGCGAAUAACGAAGACCAAGUUGUUGCUGGGGCAUCCGGGAACAGCAUCAAUACAGCCAACAACAAGAGAAAGAAAAGGAAGAAAGACAAGGAGGCACAGGGCAACCAACAACAUCCCAUGACCAGUAAUACUGCCUCCUCGCCAUUGAUGUCUUCAACACUGGGUAAGCAGUAA